CUGUUAAUGAAACUCAAAUUGGCCCCGGUGCAACUGGCUCAGAGAUCAGUUACAUACAACUCCGAAACCUAACCUUUCCCACUGAACUCACGUGCAAUGGAUACAAAUCACUGAACAUUAGUUUCGCAUACGAUGUGAUCCUAAAUGAUAAUACAUUAGAGAAAUUGCCGAUCAGUAAUACCUCGGUUUAUAUAACUUAUUUAAACGGUAACCUUAACGAAAUAAUUACGGGAACAGUAACCGGGGGCCGUUGUAGUGGAGACGUACUGUUCCUGUUUACUACAUACCUGGCCGAUGACCAGCACGGGUGCAGUAAUGGGAAAGGGCUCUACGGCGUGACCGUUAACUACAUAUACGGCGGUCUGACCGGAUCCAAGUGCCCAUCAAAUUGUACAUUAGAUACUGAUAAUAGCCAAACGUUUUCGGUUUUCAUCGAGACCAUCAUCAGGGCUAAGAUGUUAAGCGAUAAUU